UGUAAAGUUCAACCAAACUCGAUUUGGGACUCGUUCUCUCUUUCCCCGCCUCGAUCAUGGUUAAGGACAACAAGGCUAAGCGCACCCGAACGGCCGUUGAGGACGUCGUCACUCGCGAGUACACCAUUAACUUGCACAAGCGCCUCCACGGCGUCGGCUUCAAGCGCCGUGCCCCCCGCGCUUGCGACGAGAUCCGCAAGUUCGCCCAGAAGAUGAUGGGCACCAAGGAUGUCCGCCUCACCGUCGACACUAACCGCCACAUCUGGUCCAAGGGUGUCCGCAACGUCCCGUUCCGCAUCCGCGUCCAGCUCCAACGCAAGCGCAACCAGGAUGAGGAGUCCGCCGAGAAGCUCUACACCCUCGUCGAGGUUGUCGAGACCAAGGAGUUCAAGGGCCUCCAGAACGUCACUGUUGCCAACUAAACAUGUUGUUGUGACUUGCCUCUCUUUUGGAAUUGCCCGUGGUUUUUAUUUUUGUUCUUAACCAUAGACAAUUUUGCUUAUAUGA